ACAAUGACUGUCCAACCUUUAGCUGACACCAACCUCUUCAAGCCGAUCCAGGUGGGUCGCUACCAACUCCAGCACCGUGUUGUCUUGGCUCCAUUGACCAGAUACAGAAACGAUACCGACCAAGCGCCUACUGAGCUUGCGGUUGAGUAUUACAGCCAGAGAUCUUCCAAGGCCGGGACCUUGUUAAUCACAGAAGCUACAUUCAUCUCCGCUGCUGCCGGUGGCUAUGACUUAGCUCCAGGUAUAUGGUCCGGGAAGCAAAUCACCCAGUGGAACAGGGUGUUUAAUAAGGUGCACGAAAACAAGUCCUUUAUUUUUGUCCAGCUUUGGCACUUGGGCAGAGCUUCGAAACCUGAUGCGUUGAAAGCCCGUGGCUUGCCAUACGUUUCCUCUUCCGCCAAUUACAUCACGGAUGAAGACAAACAACUUGCAAAAAAGGUUGGUAAUGAACUCAGAUCCUUGACUAUUGACGAGAUCAAGCAAACCGUCAAGAAUUACGCACAAGCCGCCGCCAACGCCAUCAAGGCUGGAGCUGACGGUGUGGAGAUUCACGGUGCCAACGGCUAUUUACCGGAUCAGUUUAUCCAGGCUGUCUCUAAUAAGAGAGCUGAUCAGUACGGUGGUAGUGUGGAAAAUCGUGUCCGGUUUGUGUUGGAAAUUGUGGAUGCGGUUGUGGCCGAGGUCGGUGCCGACCGGACUGGUAUUAGAUUUUCACCGUGGGGUACGUUCGGGGGCAUGGGUGGGGCCGAGUACAACCCAGAGGAACCGUUUGGGUACCUUUUGGAGCAACUUGAAAAGAGAGCGCAGGAAGGUAGAAGGUUGGCAUACGUUCACUUACAUGAGCCAAGAACCGGUGCCUUGUUUUCGGCCCAUGAAUCCGUUGCCGGUGACAAUUCUUUUGCGUACAAGAAGUGGUCUGGUACGGUUAUCAGAGCUGGUGCCUAUCAUACCGACUACAAUAUUACCAAGAAGGAUGUCAACCAGAAUGACCGAACCUUGGUUGCCUUUGGUAGAACCUUUAUUGCCAACCCUGAUUUGCCAGAAAGAUUGGAAAAGGGGUGGGAGUUGAACAAAUACAACAGAGACGAUUUUUAUGGUAUUGGGGCAAAGGGCUACAUCGACUAUCCAUUCCACAAGUAGCCCGAUCUGAAGGCUUGCAAGUAUACAUUUAUAGACUAA